UCCCCUCAGCCAGUAAUGAGCGUCUCUGCUCUGCCUUUGAACUCCGGCGCUCCAGAGCCGCGGCUGCACGCGCCCUAUAAAUAAAGUUAAGGGCCAAGUAGAGGGCGAGCACUGAGCUUGCCUGAGAGAAAGAAGGCAGGCAGGGACGAGGGUUUCCCGCUCUUUCUCCCUUCGCGCUUGCAGCGGUCUCCGCGCUGGCCACCUCCUCUCGGAGCCAUGGCGUGCGUGGACAGAUGCCGCUGCUGCACGGACAACCGAAGGCAGAGCAGCAUCCUCUACAACAUCCUGAAGAGCGAAGAGCAGCGGCAGCAGCAGCAGCAGCAGGCGGGCACCGAGCAGCCGGCCGCACAGCCUAGGCAGGGAGGGCACGCGACAGGGCUGGGCUGCUCGUGCGGCUCGCAGAGGCGAGUGGCUCUGAAGAGCCCGCAGGUGGCGUGCAAGGCGGCUUCGGCCGUGCUGGUGAAGACGCUGCGCUUCGUCAAGAACGUGCCCUGCUUCCAGGAGCUGCCCCUGGACGAGCAGCUGGUGCUGGUGCGCAGCUGCUGGGCUCCGCUGCUCGUGCUGGGGCUGGCCCAGGACCGCGUGCAUUUCGAGACGGUGGAGACCACGGAGCCGAGCAUGCUGCACAGGAUACUGACCAACAAGCGGCACGAGCAGGAAGAAGCGGACGAGCGCGAGCAGCUCCUGCUGCUGCACAAGACCCAAGAGCAGCUGGAGCUGACCUGCGCAGGCAGCGGCACCACCGGCAGCGCCCCGUCGGCGGGCGAGAUCCAAGCCAUCAAAGGCUUCCUGGCCAGGUGCUGGAGCUUGGACAUCAGCACUAAGGAGUACGCCUAUCUCAAGGGAACGGUGCUCUUCAAUCCGGAUUUGCCAGGGCUGCACUGUGUGCAGUAUAUCCAUGGACUGCAGCAAGAAGCACAACAAGCCCUAAAUGAACAUGUCAGACUGAUCCACAGAGGGGACCAGGCCAGAUUUGCCAAACUGAAUGUGGCUCUGUCCAUGCUCAGGUCCAUUAAUGCCAAUGUUAUUGCUGAACUUUUCUUUAGGCCCAUCAUUGGAACAGUGAAUAUGGACGACAUGCUGAUGGAGAUGCUUUGUGCCAAAUUAUGAAGUUGUGUACAAGCAUUAUAUGAAAAGUCCUACAGCAGAAUAGUGUAAAGUAUUGUAAAAUAAACUAACUUAUUAUUUUUA